CGGCUGAGGCCGCAGAACUCGAACCGGUUGCUCCAUGGCCCGGACAACCGUGCCCGGCUGAGCCGCUUACCACUGGGGCUGAAGCCACCUUCCAGAGGCUGAGUCGUCGCGGCGGCGGUGGGGAUUGCAGGUGGCUCAGGCUCGCAGAUGGGUCAAGGGCUGUGGAGAGUGGCUAGAAACCAGCAACUGCAACAGGAAGGCUACAGUGAGCAAGGCUACCUCACGAGAGAGCAGAGCAGGAGGAUGGCUGCUAACAACAUUUCGAAUGCAAACCAUCGUAGACAAGCCCAAGGAGGCAUUGACAUAUAUCAUCUUUUGAAAACACGGAAAUCUAGAGAACAGGAAGGAUUCAUUAAUUUGGAAAUGCUGCCUCCUGAACUAAGUUUUACCAUUUUGUCAUACCUGAAUGCAACUGAUCUUUGCCUGGCUUCUUGUGUUUGGCAGGACCUUGCUAAUGAUGAGCUUCUCUGGCAAGGGUUGUGUAAAUCCACUUGGGGUCACUGUUCCAUAUACAAUAAGAACCCACCUCUAGGAUUUUCCUUUAGAAGAUUGUAUAUGCAGCUGGAUGAAGGCAGCCUCACCUUUAAUGCCAACCCAGAUGAGGGAGUGAACUACUUUAUGUCCAAGGGCAUCCUAGAUGAUUCACCGAAGGAAAUAGCAAAGUUCAUCUUUUGUACAAGAACACUAAAUUGGAAGAAGCUGAGAAUCUAUCUUGAUGAAAGGAGAGAUGUUUUGGAUGACCUUGUGACAUUGCACAAUUUUAGAAAUCAGUUCUUGCCAAAUGCACUGAGAGAGUUUUUUCGACAUAUUCAUGCACCUGAAGAACGUGGGGAAUAUCUUGAAACUCUUAUAACAAAAUUCUCACACAGAUUCUGUGCUUGUAACCCUGAUCUGAUGAGAGAGCUUGGCCUUAGUCCUGAUGCUGUCUAUGUACUGUGCUACUCUUUGAUCCUGCUUUCUAUUGAUCUCACUAGUCCUCAUGUGAAGAACAAAAUGUCAAAAAGAGAAUUUAUCCGAAACACCCGGCGCGCUGCUCAGAACAUUAGUGAAGAUUUUGUAGGGCACCUAUAUGACAACAUCUACCUUAUUGGCCAUGUGGCUGCCUAAAAGCACAACUGUUAGGACUUCAGCUUUGAAGGUGAAAACAACUAAAGCUACCCAAGAAAUUAUUUUGUAGAUAUGGGGGUUACACUAGUGCUGGUCAUUCUAACCUCUGCAUACAAUCAAGUGUGUCUGUACUACCUUUUUUUUUUUUUUUUAAGUAAUUUACCAUGGGAACUGAAGGAUUUUGCAGAAAUUUUUCUUAAUUUUCCUUAUCAUGUUUUGCACAAAGUAGAGCCAUGAAAAAAAGCAGAGUCUGACACAACCAUUUAAGAAUGUUUAAACUGACAUUACACUAAAAACAUGGUAAAUUUGUACAUUUGAUUUGCUUCACAAAUCUUAACCAGUUCCAUUCUUUUAUAAAAUACCAUGUAAUGUGUACAUAUUUAACUAAAGAGAUUUAUAAUCAUAAUUAUUUUAUUGUAUAGUAUUUUAACUAAAGUUUUUCCUUUUUUCUCUAAAGUUGAGUUCUGAAUUUCUUUAUUACUGAUCAAAGAUUGGGAGUAUUUUCCUCAAAAUCAGAUCUGACUUCUGAGGGAUUCAUCAACAACAAUAUUUAUUUCAUUUUUGAACUAGAAAGGAGGGAACUAAUUUCUGAUUAAUUUUACAUUGCAUAUAUGUAUAUAUACAUAUGUGUGUAAGAGAGUGUGUAUGUAUACACAUAUGUAGAACCAUGAUUUUAGGGAGACAGCAUGGCAUAUUGGUUGGAGUGCUAAAACCGGAGUGAGUCCUACCUCUAACACUGUCACCAUGGAUAAGUCAUUCAACCUCUUAGUGACCUAGAUAACUCUCUAAGACUAUAAAUUGUAGAUGUGCUGCUGAUUGGCAUCUAUGGUGGGAGUUUCCACAUUUGAAGUUCUGAUUCAUACUGGUGAAAUCACCAGUCUGGUGCCACUCCCCCAUGUAUGUAUGUUUGUACUCACAUAUAUGCAGCAAUAUAAAGGUAUAUGAUGGGUAUAAAUAGAUUAUAACAUAGUACCAGCCAUUAUAUUCAUAUAAAAAGGAAGGUGUAUGUAUGUACAUGUAUAUACAUAUACCUACAUACAGAUGUGUACAUAGAAGGAGUUUAUGUGUAUCUCUGGAGUAAGAAAGACACAUUUCCCCCACAAUUACUUUGUUAAUUCAACUUUUAAGCCACUAAUUAAGCUCCUAUUUGAUGAAGAGUGCUGAGCAGCUAGAUGCUGAGUAGUAUUUUUCAAAUUAAAUAAAUAAUCCUUGCCCUCUUGGAAUUUACAGCUUAAUAGCAUUUAAACUUUCUGUUCUAUACAGAUACAUCCUGUGAUGAAACAAAAACAAAAACUUAAAAACCCUAAGAUACCAUAACAUUCUUAUUCGGCAUAGAUUACAUCUAUGUUUAUAGGACUUCUUUUCCUCAGCACUUGAAUAAAUCAGAAUAAAGUAAUCAUUGAGUGGAAUAGUAACUUUUUCUUGACUGUCUUUAAAAUAAUUUGGCAAUCUUUCCUAUCUUCUCUGAAAUAGUCUCUUGCUAAUGAUAUUUCAAAAGGGAUAUAGUGUCUCUUCAGUCUGGUUAGGAAGUGAGGUAUUCCAUUUAAUCAGAUUGUUUUGAUUAAUGGCAGGUUAUCUAUGCCACAAACAUUAGCAGUUUUUAGAAAAUUAUAAUACUUUAAAACAGGAAUUAUACAGAUCAUAACUCAAUCACUGAUAAUUCAGAAAGCCCACUAGAACUUCAUGUGUGUUUGUGUAUAUUAAGGCUUGCCACUGUAACCUAAAUGUUUUGUCCCCUUGUAUUCCUAACACCCCCGGCCCCCCCAAAUUGUAUAUACAAAGAAGAGAGAGAUCAUGCAGAUUUUUAAGAUCACACUUAUGGAUUGAUGGAGGAGGUGGAGGGUGCUUAUUUUGGAGGUAUGGUAGAGUAGGAAGACAGACAAGAUUUUGAUUAAAAUGGGGAACGUCAGUUGUUUUCCAGAUCUGGCCUACAGGUGCACUCCCAGGACAAUACUUCUAUGGAUAUCAACCAACAAUAAAUCAUCAUUUAAUAAGUACCUCAUAUAUGCCAGGUCCUAGAUGUGAACUCAUCAGUGUGAGUACGCCCUCCACUAUUGCAAACCACAGCCUUUUCAUCCUAUAUACCUUUUACCUAUUUUUCUAAGCCUUCUUCAUUGUCCAUCUAUUAUGUCUAGUUCUUGCUUCAUAAAUCCCUUCCUUCCUUGUCUAGUAAGGCCUUGAUGAUUUCUUUUUAUACCACUUUUUUCAGGCAAGUACUGGUUGGUAAUAAGUUGCUUACUAAUCUGUCUUGUACCUUUAUGUUGCUGUAUUUUUGAUUCUUCACAUGACAUUGGUAUUCUAUGAUACGUAAUCAUGUAGCAUUAUCAGGAAAAUAUUUUGUACUAAUAAAAUAGAUUUUCCAGUAGGAAGCAAAUUGAGAUUAUUCAAAGUGAUAUGGGGCAGCUAGGUGGCGCAGUCGAUAGAGCACCGGCCCUGGAGUCAGGAGUACCUGAGUUCAAAUCCGGCCUCAGACACUUAGCACUUACUAGCUGUGUGACCCUGGGCAAGUCACUUAACCCCAAUUGCCUCACUAAAAAAAAAAAAAAAGAAAAAGAAAGAAAGUGAUACACAGUUUCCCCAAUAAAACCCAGUACAUUCAUCUCCCUAUUCAAUUUGAACCCAGUUUAGUACGAGUAAGCAGAGCCUAGAUACAUGUACUUGUGUAAUAAUAGCACAAUGUCUACCCCCAUAAAACUGCAUGUCAUAAUUUGUGGAAUAAUCAUUCUUCAUCUACUAAGUUUUUCCUGGGUCAACUGCUAGGCUAAUCUCUUUUCAAUGAUUACAGUCAUUGAAGAACUUGAAGCUGGCACUAAUUGCAGUCAAAGAAUGUGAGUUUGAAUCCUAAUUCUGACAUUGGAUUAAAUCAUAUUAUCUUAUCCUUCAAUUUCCUCAUCUUUAUUAUAAAGAGGUUUAACUAGAUGUCCUCUUAGGUCCCUUCCAGCUCUAGACAAGUGAUUCUUAUGAACAUAAUUAUUCCACAAACAGGAGCACGAGUAGAACUUGCCCAUCAAUAAGUAAUCUUUCUUCUAUUUGGACAUCUGAAAGACAUCUCCCUUUGCAUGCUCCUGGUGAGCUCACACUGUAUCUCUGUUGGUAUUAAGUUAUCUCUGGUUAUAUGAAGGAAUCUUUUGUGAUUGGAACAUAGCAGUUGUUUCCAUUUGCUCUUUUAAAUCAAAUGUGCUUUUGUGACCAGCAAUCAAAACUGUCCAAGUUUGUUCCAAGGAACCUCUCAGUUUUAUGACUUAAGAUAUGAUUUUAUUGUAGAAUGUCAUCUGUCAGCACCUUUCUAUUCCCUUCUUACAUUUUCAUUGAGGAUACCCUAUAUUAUUUUCAUAAAGAUUUUAUGGAAGUGAAGAAGUAGAUGCUUGGUUCAGUAUUAUAGUCACUUAUAUAGCUUCCCAAUCAACCUUUUUAUAAUGAUAUGGCUUCUGAUCUUUUUUUUUUUUUUAGUUCUUUGGAAUCCCCCCUUAAAUAUCUUGAAAACUGAUCUCUGAAUGCUUUUAAAACUGUUUUCUACUUCAGCAUUGAUUUUUUUUCCUUUAUAUAUUGGUUAGGUCCUAGCUAUUUUUCUUCACUUUAUCCCCUUUAAAUGACAUUUUCAUUUCCUCCAUUUAGGAUGUUGGGUCCUGAGUUAAGAGUUCAUUUCUGUCUGUGAUAAGGAUAGACUUCAGUAGAGAACACUGAUAACAAGUUAUUUUAUUUCACACCUAAUUUUUUGCAUCCUUUCAAUUUCAUCUGUAAGUCUUCUUGGGAUGAUCAGGCUUAAUUGAAUCUCACACCAAGAUUUCCAUAUCUACCUCUAUAAUAUUUUCUUAAUUAGUUUAUAUUCUAAAUUGGUGUUUCUUUUGAUUAUUUUGUCUCUUUUUGUAAAUGAAGAUAAGGUUCUGGGUAAGGCAGUUUCUGGCUACAUGGUACCCACUUUUUAAAAGCAGUUAAACUUCUUUAGUAAAUAGUUACAAUAAAUCAAUGUUUUUACUUUUAAACAACUUGGUUAGAUCCUGUCUUUAUCAUUUUUCCUAGUUUGGUUUUGGAAUUGAUUUCAAUCAUUUUCUCUAAUUUGGCUGUACAUAGACAGCUGUGAUUGUGAAAUUACUCUCAUCAGUGGUACCCAAUCAUUUCCUGUCUAUUAUAGUCAUUUUCAUUUUCUUUGAUGUUGUUUGGUGUUCAUGAUUUCUAGCCUCUCCUGAUUUGUCCUGAGGAAAAGAUUGGUUCCUCUAAUUUACUAAUCUCAAACUCUAUUUUCCAUUAUGUUUUUCGUUGUCCUUUGCCAUGCCCAUCUUCACAAUGUAAUCUUUGAAUAUCAAGUUUAUGCCGACUUGGUUUGAAUAAUCUUAUAUUCUUCAUAGAAUUUCUCUUCAUCCUCUACAACAGAUGUUGGUGCAAUAUUGGUCAUAUUAUUCUCAAAUGUAACACUAAAUCAUUGUGAAAGGAAGCAAUCUCACUUUUGCAAAUAGAGCAUGACUGUCAGACAACUUGACUAUCAAAAGGACAAGGCAAAGUGAUGAACCUCUAAGGUUCUAAAUAAAUUUCCAAAGUAUGCCAUUUCUUCUUACAUGCAAAAUGGAGAAUUCCAUGAGAAAAUAAGCCUUAUUACAAAAGCAAAGUGAAAUUUUUAAAGAAUCAAGUAUGAUUUUUAGUUCCAUGACCAUCAUUUUUACCCUCCUCUGAACAGAGUUGAGCUUGCCAAUCUGCCUCCUAAAAAGUGGUACCCACGGGGGCAGCUAGGUGGCACAGUGGAUAAAGCACUGGCCUUGGAUUCAGGAGGACCUGAGUUCAAAUCCAGCCUCAGACACUUGAUACUUAACUAUCUGUGUGACCCUGGGCAAGUCACUUAACCCUCAUUGCCCUGCCCCCCCCCCCAAAAUCAAGCUGAUACCCCAAAUGGAAAGGACCUUUAGUAAGAAGUUCAAAGAACAGUAAUUGGUAACAACACCUGAGUAUCCACAUCCCAAUUGUAUAGCUGAGGGUGUCAUCUGUCUUUUUUAUCCAUAAAUUCCUCUCUCCUCUGACUUCUUCUGCCUCUGUCUUUUCUCCUCUGCCUAACUACCUCUCUCUUCCUACUUUCUCUCCCCUUUCUUUUUCUGCUGAUAUAUAUUUCUGCAUUUCCUUAUAUUGUGCCAUCCCCCCACCCAGGUAAUUUUCUCUUGACUGGCUGUAAUAUGAAACCAAAGUAUUUUUAUUGCUAUUAUUUAUCCCUGUCUCAACUUAGUAGUUGAGAAUGGUUUACAUCUCAAGUGUGAAAGAAAUAAA